AGUGGGUGGAAAAGAGAAAUACACAAUCGUGGCCACGCCUCUUCCUUAAGAACGGAGCGGAGGUUGUUUUCUCUCGACGAAGAUUUUCCUUUUGCGGUCCGGGGCACCGAUUGUUAAAAUACUUAUAGCUGUUUAAAUUAUUUCAUUUACAAAAGUAUAUGCAUGCUCCUGUUAGUCUUUUCGGCUUUCAAAGGUUUAAGUUCAUACCCACGAAUUGACUGCAACUUUAGCGUGCCUGUUCAAGUCUGUGUUACCAGGGCAGGGGGUUUUUCAGCCCCCUCGAGCAUGAGUUCAAAAUGAAACGUCGCUUGGAGGAACAGGAACCGGUAUUUGCGUCCCAACAGCGGCGCCUCCCCGGCAGCACGGAGGCUCUCCAGCACCGCGUCCUGGCCCCGGCGCCGGCCGCGUAUGAGGCCGUGGCCGACAGCAUGCAGCCCACUGCAGGCAGCAUCCAGUAUUCUGUCCCACAGGGCUACCAGGCCCCCAAUGUGCCACAGAACUCAAGUGGCCAUGGGCACGCCCCUAGCCCAGCUGUACACCACCACAGCCCAGCAGUCCAGCCCCACGGGCCCCCUGUGAUGCAGGGCCACGCUCACCCCCCUGCGUCAGCCCAGGGCCAGCAGCAGUUCCAGAGGCUCAAGGUGGAAGAUGCUUUGUCCUACCUGGACCAAGUGAAACUGCAGUUUGGCAACCAGCCUCAAGUCUACAAUGAUUUCCUGGACAUCAUGAAGGAGUUCAAGUCUCAAAGCAAAUAUGUUUCUCUUUUUUGUCACAGCAUUGACACUCCAGGGGUGAUAAGCAGGGUAUCCCAGCUCUUCAAAGGCCACCCCGACCUCAUUAUGGGCUUCAACACCUUCCUGCCACCGGGCUACAAGAUCGAGGUCGCGACUAACGACCUGGUCAAUGUGACCACGCCGGGUCAGAUCCACCACAUCACCCCUCACGGCAUCUCUGUCUCGCAAAUCCCCCUGACGGGACCACCCACCCCGCUCCAGCCCCAGGUGCCAGCCCCCACCACCACCUCUGCCCCGCCCCCUCCCACACAGCCAACCCCUGCCAAGAUGAGCAAGCAGCCACUGCAAUCUCCGGCCCUCACGCCAAGCAGCCAGCCCAAUCCGUCCAUCCCCGCCUAUGCCCCCCCCCGAUCCCCGACACUGCAGCCCCACACCCCGAUCACUGGCACGCCCAACGCCCCUCCGCUGCAGAAUAACCAGCCUGUGGAGUUCAAUCACGCCAUCAACUACGUCAACAAAAUCAAGAACCGUUUCCAGGGCCAGCCCGACAUCUACAAAGCCUUCCUGGAGAUCCUGCACACCUACCAGAAGGAGCAGCGGAAUGCUAAGGAGGCAGGAGGGAACUACACCCCAGCCCUGACAGAGCAGGAGGUCUAUGCCCAGGUGGCCCGGCUCUUCAAGAACCAGGAGGACCUUCUCUCGGAGUUUGGCCAGUUCCUACCAGAUGCCAACAGCUCGGUGCUGUUAAGCAAGACGACAGCAGAGAAGGCGGAGUCUGUGCGGAAUGACCACGGUGGCACAGCGAAGAAGCCGCAGCUCAACAACAAACAGAGGCCCAAUCAGAACGGCUGCCAGAUCCGCAUGCACUCUGGUACAGGUGCCACACCCCCUGUCAAGAAGAAGCCCAAGUUACUGAAUUUGAAAGACUCGUCCCUGGCAGAGGCCAGCAAACAUGGAGUUGGCACAGAAUCUCUGUUCUUUGAGAAGGUGCGGAAGGUCUUGCUAAGUGCAGAGGCCUAUGACAACUUCCUGCGUUGUUUGGUCAUCUUCAACCAGGAGGUCAUCUCCAGGGCCGAGCUGGUGCAACUGGUGCUGCCCUUCCUGGGGAAAUUCCCAGAACUGUUCAAUUGGUUCAAGAACUUCCUAGGAUACCGGGAAAUGUCCCACACUGAGCGCUAUCCCAAGGAGCGUGCCAUGGAGGGCAUCGCCAUGGAGAUCGACUAUGCUUCCUGUAAGAGGCUAGGCUCGAGCUAUAGAGCACUGCCGAAGAGCUACAUGCAGCCCAAGUGCACCGGGAGAACGCCACUGUGCAAAGAGGUCCUCAAUGACACCUGGGUGUCCUUCCCUUCCUGGUCUGAAGACUCCACCUUUGUGAGCUCCAAAAAGACCCAGUAUGAGGAGCACAUCUACAGAUGUGAGGAUGAACGCUUCGAGCUGGACGUGGUGCUGGAGACCAACCUGGCCACCAUCCGCAUGCUGGAGACCGUACAAAGGAAACUGUCCCGUAUGUCUGCCGAGGAGCAGGCCAAGUUCCGCCUGGACAACACGCUGGGAGACUCCCCGGAGGUCAUCCACCGCAAGGCCAUCCAGAGGAUAUACGGUGACAAGGCCCCUGACAUCAUCGAUGGGCUCAAGAAGAACCCUGCCGUGUCUGUUCCCAUUGUGCUAAAGAGGUUAAAGACCAAGGAGGAGGAGUGGAGGGAAGCCCAGAGGGGCUUCAACAAGAUCUGGAGGGAGCAAAAUGAGAAGUAUUACCUGAAGUCUCUCGACCACCAAGGUAUCAACUUCAAACAGAACGACACCAAGGUGCUACGAUCCAAGACACUGCUCAAUGAGAUUGAGAGCAUAUACGACGAGCGACAGGAGCAGGCGUCGGAAGAGAACACCGCACUGCCCAGCGGCCCCCACCUGACUUUGACCUACGAGGACAGCCAGAUCCUGGAGGACGCUGCUGCCCUCAUCAUCCACCACGUCAAGCGGCAGACGGGCAUCCAGAAGGAGGACAAGUACAAGAUCAAACAAAUUAUUCACCACUUGAUCCCCGACAUGCUGUUCACCCAGCGCGGCGAGCUCUCGGACGUGGAGGAAGAAGAAGAAGAGGAGGUAGAGGAGAUGGAGCUGGAUGAGGGCGUGGCCAAGAAGCGCAAUUGCGUCGCGCAAGGCGGUAGCCCAAACAAGUCCUCCAAGCUCCUCUUCUGCAACACUGGUGCCCAGAAGCUGCGAAGUUGCGCCGAGGCCUACAAUCUAUUUUACGUCAACAAUAACUGGUACAUCUUCCUGCGGCUUCACCAGACACUGUGCUCGCGGCUGAUGCGAAUCUACGGGCAGGCGGAGAGGCAGAUUGAGGAGGACAUCCGGGAGCGUGACCGGGAGGGAGAGGGGCUGGGCCUCAAGCGAGACAAGAACGAAAACCCUGCCAUCCAGCUGAGACUGAAAGAGCCCAUGGAUAUCGAGGUGGAGGACUACUACUCUUCCUUCCUGGAGAUGGUGCGGAACCUUCUGGAUGGCAACAUGGAGUCGGCUCAGUACGAGGACUCACUCCGGGAGAUGUUCACCAUCCAUGCCUACACCGCAUUCACCAUGGACAAACUCAUCCAGAGCAUCGUCAGGCAGCUCCAGCACAUAGUGAGUGAUGAGAUCUGCGUGCAGGUGACAGACCUGUACCUAGCAGAGAGCACCAACGGGGCCACCGGAGGUCCCCUUCCCACCCAGACAUCCAGAGCUUCCACAGAGGGAUGCUACCAGCGCAAGGCGGAGCAGAUCAUGUCUGACGAGAAUUGCUUCAAGCUUAUGUUUCUGAAGAACCGAGGCCAUGUUCAGCUGACGGUGGAGCUUCUGGACACCGAGGAGGAGAACUCUGAUGAACCCAUGGAGGCAGAGCGCUGGUCAGAUUACGUGGGUCGCUACCUGAAUUCUGACUCUACCUCUCCAGAGUUGCGGGAACACCUUGCUCAGAAACCCGUCUUCCUUCCCAGGAACCUUCGUCGGAUACGGAAGUUCCAAAGGGGUAGGGAGCAGCUAGAGAAGGAGGCCAGCGAGGGAGAGAAAAAGUCCAUGGAGAGCGCUGAAAACCUUCAAAUGGAAUGUAUGUUCAAGCUCAACUCCUACAAGAUGGUGUAUGUCUUCAAGUCUGAGGACUACAUGUACCGACGCACUGCCUUGCUGCGUGCUCACCAGUCACACGAGAGAGUGAGCACUCGGCUGCACAAACGCUUCCAGGCCUGGGUCGACUCCUGGGUGAAGGAGCACGUCACUCGCGACAUGGCCGCUGAGACCAACAAGUGGCUGAUGGGAGAGGGGCGUGACGGCCUGGUGCCAUGCACCACCACCCGCGAGCCAGAUAUCCUCCACUUCAUGAACAUCAACAAGUACCGUGUCAAAUACGGCUCACCCUUCAAUGCACCAUAACCCACCAGGAAUGGAGUGGGGGGGGGGUUGGGAUUAUAUAGUAGGACAGGUCAGGAAUGGGUGAGGAGGAGAGAGCUUAUCAACAACUUUCUAAGGCUGAUAUGGGAGCACAACACAAAACUAGCUGCCAGGUCUUACCAGGGGCGACUGGAUCACUGUUUUUAACCGGCGUUUUUAGCUGUGCCCACUUUUGCAGGGCUUUCGGUGCCAAAACGUAGGGAGUUGUCCUGUUGGUUGAAAUCUAGCCACAGUUACUGACCUGAGCUCUUACCAGCAGACCAAACCAUUUCACAAAUCAUGGUCUUCAGGCCUUUAAUAAAAGGCUUUUGAUAAACUUGCACUGUGUGCUCCCUAGAGGUGCCUGCUAGGUAACAUCACUUGCGCUCAGUCAGUAGGCUGGGGUUUGCUUGUUUGUUAAUGACAGACAUAGUAAUAUAUGAAGACAUCAGAAUAAGGAUUCUGUUGUCAAAGAUUACUUUUGACGGUGUAACUGCGGUAUCCGUGGAAAAUAGUUUUGGGGGAUAAGUGCACUUAACUACGAUGGGGUUGAGUUUGAGUUGCCACGGUUUCAUGGGUGCAUGGAGCUCAAAGCAGACUGUAGUUGAAACGAUCUGGCACAGCGACGUCCCUGUGUUGGGGCCAAAUCACAAUAACCCAUCACUUCAAAACGAGAACAAGAUGUUUCUUAUUGGUCACCUUUCCUUUUCAACCACAAGGCCGCAUUAAGAGAACGAGGCCUGAGUCACAAGCAGCAUUGUGGGGUGAGGAGUGAAAAGCACUGUUGCGUUUAAUGUAAAAAGACAAGUAGAUUAGCCACACAAUUCUGUUGUGUCUCAGACUGUAAAAUUGUAUAGCUUGUGAAUGUCAGAAUAUGAAAUGUAUUCUGAUGUGUGUGUGUGUGUGUGUGUGUGUGUGUGUGUGUGUGUGUGUGUAUAUUUAUUAUAAGUAUAUAAACACAGCUAAUCCUGGCCGCCCUGAUAUUCAACCUUUUGAAGUUGCUGGCAAUGCCCUACUACGCCAAUACACCAGCUUCUACACAUAAACAGAGAUCAUUAUGGAUGGACUAUCCACACAUUGUAAAUAAACUGUACAUAGUGUCAGACCUUUUUUAUGACUGAGAUCUGCGUUGUUGUGCUAGUAAUACUUUCCAAGCUUACUGUGGACUUUAGUGAGAAAUGGCUGAAGUUAGUACGUAUAUGAAAAAUGUAAAUGCAAGACAGUUUUUACCAAAGGGAGUUGAUUAUGAUAGUAGUUUUGUUUUUCCUUAGCGUGUGUUUUGUUUUGUCUUUUUUUCUUUGUAGUAAGAAAUGUUAAUUUGAAAAGUAGAACUGUAUCCAGGUCUUUGUUUUUGAAAUGGAAGUUUUAUAAAAUCUUUAAAUUUUUUGAA